GCUCGGCGAUGCCUCCCUCCACCCAUUCACCAUACCCUGGAACAUGGUACGUCCAGUACUCCAGCCGAAAUCUCUGGCACGGGAGGCGAAAUGUACAUGCCAUCUUUACAGACACGAAUUCGUUAGAUUAUACGUACCAAGAGAUAAGCGCUGCGGAAAUGAAAUCCCACCAAGAACUGAGCUGGGAAGUGGUGGGGAAUGGGAAGGACGGGAAACUAGAGAGUUGGAUGAAGGAGACGGAGAUGGGGAUUGAGGAUACCUCUGGAGAGAUUAGAGCCGAUUGGCGAUCUAUCUGGAUGGCUGUUUUCUUCUCUACGGGGUUAGAAUCUCCUGGCGGGAUCGAUGUCCUCUGUAAUCGACAAAAGAGAAUCGGGGAUGAAACGAUGAACGAUAUCCAGGGAAUUAUCACGUCCAAAGCUGAUCAUUUUCUGGACUUGAAGGGUGUGGUGCUGUUGCAGGUCCCGGAUGAUGGCGCCAGAAAUUCUGAGAUAAGAAAGGCAGAGGAACAGAGGCAAUUGGAUUGGGAGAAGAGGACUGGAAAAAAUGAGGGGAUCUCGGAGGAUCUGAUUUAUGACGACGAGGAGAAGGAGAGUUCCAAAUGUGUGGUUCAAUAAACCUCAAUUGGUACAGGCAUCUCGUCUUAUGCGCCGAGCAAACCAAAUUUCCAUGCCAACGAGUUGCCAGCUGCCAUAUGAUGUCAAUUCACUUUCAUCCAUCCCC